UCGCGCCGACCGUUAACGACGUCGCAUGUCGGGCGUUAAUGUUGCUAGCUCAUAAAAACUUUACGAAGUUCGAGUUAGUUCAAAAACAAACAUAAUUGCUGUUCCCUAAUUUUCGAUAAACGAAUUAAAGUGUUGUGAAACAGUGGUCUGUUUGUAUUAAGACAUUUAGUCUGGACGAUUACAAUAAACUCGUGUUACGAAUGUUAGCCGGUAUUUAGUUUGGUAAAAGUGAGUGUGUGUGGACGCCGAUGGUUCAAUUAGAACUUGACUAGGGUUUUUUGUUACGUGGACUGAGCCUGAGUGGGCAGCGAGAUCACAGAUGUUGAAGUUGGAGUCGCCGGAGGUCCGAAUGCCGGGCGGCGUGGAGCUCCGGGCGCCGGACCCUGCCGCGCUCGCCGCAUACUGGGCGGAGUACGAGGAUCUCUGCCGGCAGAUCAGCACAGCGCACCAGAAUGAUGACGAUGAUAAUCAUUACGAAGAGGGCGAAUUGGAGACGGAGUGGCUGCAAGCAGCGGGUCUGGGCUCGCUGGCUGCGCCGGCGCGCGCUGGUCUCGAGGUGACGGAGGCGCAGCUGGGUGAGGCAGUGCGCCCGCUGCCUCGCGACCAAGCCGCCGCCGUGCGCCGUCGCGUGCGCCGACUGAACCGCACAGUGCGACGAAAGCGGGCCGCCUCCCGUGCCCGUAAACCAGACAUCAGAGAUGUAUUCAGAGAUUUAGAGAACUCUAGCGGCAGCGAGCCUCGGUCGCGCAGCGCGACCCCGGACUCGCUGGACUCGUUGCCGAGCGCCGGCUCCGGCUCCCCGCCUGCCGAGUGGGCCGACACGCCUGCGCCACAAGACUUUGUCGACACCUACCAAACUGGUGGUCACAGUGCGCUGGGCCGCACGCCGUCCGCACCGGCGCCGCGCCGCGCGCGUCUCUCUCCGCCCGGACAGCACUCCCCGCCCACCGCGCAGCACUCCCCGCCCGCGCCACACCGCGGACACGACCUCUUCAAGCCCAACGACCUGCACUGGGCGGACAUUGCCUCUAACACCGAGGGUAUAGAACUGCUGGGUUACCAAAGAUACGGCACCGUGCAGGGCCCGAGAAUAGGCAAGGAGAGAAUCAACGGAUCUAUUCUCAAGGACAGUGAUCCUUUCGUGUACGUAUAUUUGAAUCUUAAGCACGCGGCGGUGUCGCGCGCCAAGAGCGUGGCCAGCGGGCAGCCGCUCAGCUUCGAACACAAGUUCAACCUCGACCGGCAGGUGCUCAACCACGAGGAGGAAUGGCCGGAGGAGGGCAGCACGGUGGACAUCGAGUGUGUUGCGGAGCCGACGCUGAAGAAGCUGCAGCCGCUGGUGUGGCUCGAGCUCACCGCACUCUUCGACCGCUACUCGUUGCCUUUCCACAAACGAAAACCUCACAAAAAGAAGAGGAAAGAAGAGGGUUCAGUGUUCGGCGUGUCCGUGGAGACGUUGCUGCGCAAGGACAUGAUCCUGUGGGAGGAGACGUGGAGCUCUGUGCCGAGCGUGCUGCGCGCCGUGUCCGCCGCGCUGGCGCUGCGCUGCGCAGACGAGGGCCUGCUGCGCGUGCCCGGCAACAAGCACAAGGUACACCACACUAAUAUGAUAAAAAUCUCGCACAUUGCCAUUGUGUGAUAAUUUACGGCAUUUCCGGUAUAUUUUUCAGUAUAAUUUAGAUUUUAAAUAUUUGCCAGUAUAAUUUUCUUUGCGUCGUAACGUCUUAUACAC